AUGUCUGCAUCUACCCGUAUUCCUCCUAUCGCUCAGCCCUUCGUCAGCGACCGGGCAAAGAAGACACUGGACCUGGUUGAGGAAUUCGUCGAGAAAGAAUGCGUCCCCGCUGAAGGUGUUUUCUCCGCCCAGCUCGGCGAGGGCGAGCAGCGAUGGAACACCACCCCUGCUGUUAUUGAGCAGCUGAAGGAGAAGGCUAAGAAGCUCGGGCUUUGGAAUAUGUUCCUGGCCAAGAGCCAUUUCAAGCAGGGUGCUGGAUACAGUAACCUUGAGUAUGGGUUGAUGGCUGAGAUCCUGGGAAAGAGCAAGCUUGGAUCAGAGGCUACUAAUAACGCUGCUCCUGAUACUGGUAACAUGGAGGUGCUGGCUAAGUACGGCAAUGAGGCCCAGAAGCAGGAGUGGCUGGCUCCCCUGCUGGAGGGUAAGAUCCGGUCUGCAUUCCUGAUGACAGAGCCAGAUGUUGCAUCUAGCGAUGCGACGAAUAUUGAGCUCAAUAUCCGUCGUGAGGGUAACGAAUACGUUCUUAACGGAUCGAAAUGGUGGUCCUCAGGCGCUGGUGACCCCCGCUGCAAGAUCUACCUUGUAAUGGGCAAGACAGACCCCACCAACGCCGACACAUACAAGCAACAAUCUGUUGUGCUCGUCCCAGCUGGACUCCCAGGAAUCACAGUCCACCGUAUGCUAAACGUGUACGGCUACGACGACGCCCCCCACGGCCACGGCCACAUCAGCUUCAACAAUGUCCGCAUUCCAGUCUCCGGCAUGGUCCUCGGCGAAGGCCGCGGGUUCGAGAUCAUCCAGGGUCGUCUGGGCCCGGGCCGUAUUCACCAUGCCAUGCGCACUAUCGGUGCCGCUGAAAAGGCGCUCGAGUGGCUGAUUAACCGUGUGAAUGAUGAUCGCAAGAAGACCUUCGGCCAGCCUUUAUCUGCGCACGGUGUGAUCCUGGAGUGGAUUGCUAAGUCGCGCAUUGAAGUUGAUGCUGCGCGUUUGAUUGUGCUUAACGCGGCUAUUAAGAUUGAUCAGGGCGAUGCGAAGUCUGCGCUGAAGGAGAUUGCGCAGGCGAAGGUUCUUGUGCCGCAGACUGCGUUGACUAUUAUUGAUCGUGCCGUGCAGGCUUAUGGUGCUGCUGGUGUCUGUCAGGAUACCCCGCUUGCGUAUCUGUGGGCUGGUAUUCGAACACUGAGGAUUGCGGAUGGACCGGAUGAGGUGCAUUUGCAGCAGCUUGGUCGUCGGGAGAAUAAGUCACGCAGGGACGCUAUUGCUGCUAAGUUGAAGUGGCAGCAGCAGGAGUCUGAUCGAUUGCUCAUUGCUUCUGGGUUCAAGGCGAAGAGUCAUCUGUAG